AUGGCAGCAGAAAACCACGCUGUGCCUCCGGGCCUCGCUGCAGACAGCAACAUAUCCAUCAGACGCCCGUUCGACUUGCUGCGGAAGGCGGCAGCAUUAUUUGGCGACUCUCCCUGGCUUUUGACAAGCGAGGAAGACGGGGGAGAGGCGUUUUCUAAGAUUACUUACAAGCAAGGCUACGCGGUGGCUUUGGCUGUGGGCUCGGGCCUUGAUCGUCUUGUCCCGCCGUCGCAACUUCCGCAGCACGAUGGGGCAAACGAACCUCUUCGCCUUGUGGGGACUUGGGCCGACAACUCUGUGGAGCUGCUCCUGGCGGACUUUGGGGGCAUUCGUGGGUCAGGUGUCAAAAUUUCAGGUUCGUCAGCAUCGAUUACUUUUAAUUUGACUGUUGUCAAUAGGGCGCAUGAUUACUUGGGUGUUCGAUUGCAUGCCGAAAUGACCCACCUUUGUGCGGACUGGCGUCAUCUGGAGAUAGUCUUGGAUCUGCGCGAGGGGGGGCAACUGUCGAAUUUGUCGGCUGUAAUUACACUGGAUGCAGUUGGAGACCAAGCGGUGCAACGAGCUCAAGCCCUCGACUUGGCCCUUGUAGACUUCUGGGAGUUGGCGGAUUCCCCCAAUGUGCGUCUGAUGUGA